CCAGGCUCCUCAGUUGUCCCUGUUCAUUGCUUUCCCCGCUCACAACUGGCAAGUGUCACCGGACCCUAGCACGAGAGAAGAAUGCCACUUUCAGCAUUUUGAUCAGCUGCGGUACUGGAGCAAUCGAGAUGAAAGAUGGAUGCUCACAAUUUGGAAAUGAGAGCUUGAAUGACGAAUUGAGAAGGCAAGUCUGUGGUCCACAUACACAGUCCCAGAGAAAUUCAGCACCCAGAGACUAAUAUCACUGAGAAAUCUAUGCACAAGUGCUCUCUCUGCUGAGAGACAAACCAAGACUCUGCUGUUCUGCUCGGCAUAGUCCAAGAAGACAUGAAAUCCCUAAUGGAAGGAAACUUAGAAGAUUGCCUGCUGAAUAAGGUGGACUUGAGGCGCCAGUGGAUUUCCCAGACGGUGGAAGAGGUGCAGAAAAUUGUCCAUCGUCUGACCACAGAAAUCAGCUACCAAGACAUUCGAUUUCAAGCCGUCCUUUACUCUGACACGUACAAUGAGAACAUUAAGGUUUUGGCCCCCACCCAGCUCCUCAUCACAGUCCCCAUGAGAGGCCUGGCCGGGUACAGGGAGGCCCGGCAGCAGCGCUGGCGCUACUACACCCUGCAGGGCGCCCGGCUGCCCUGCCCCCUGCGGGACCCAGAGGGCCUGCAGCAGUGGCUGGAGGUGGAGCAGUUUCUGAAGAGCCUGUGGCAGUGGCACGAGGCAGAUGUGAACAUUGACGGAGACAUUGUGCCCGCCAAGGUCCUCCAGGUGUUCCGGAAACUGGUCGAAAACGCGAUUGAAACCUGUCACCUGUCAGGUAAGGUCAGCAUGCUAAUGGACCGCCCUGCAGUUCGAGUUGCCGUGGAAACCUCCACAGGUCUGGUGGAACUAGAGCUGACCCCCUCAGUGGAGAUCCCCACCGCCUGGUCCAAGAAAGCCCGGUGGCCUUCGUGUCUGAAGCGCUGGCCUUCUGCAGAGAGAGUGCAGUGCAUCAAGUCAUUUGGGUUUAGCUUGUUGGCCUGUUCAAACUAUCACUGGCAGCUGAGCUUCUUGCGGGCUGAACGGGUGCUGCUGGAGCAGCUGGAUGAGGACGGGGGCUGCCGCAGGAAGUGUCUUCAGGCCAUGAGGCAGAUGAAGGAGGACGUCUGGUGUCCAGGGAAAAGACCUGUGAUCACAUCCUACCACCUUCAGACAGUGCUGUUCUGGACUUGUGAGAAGUAUCCCCACCCAAAGGACUGGCGGGUCUUCAGCAGAGCGUUCCUGCGCCUAGUAAGGAAGCUGCACAAGUGCGUGAGCCAGCACUUUCUGAAACACUACUUCGUGCGGAAGAGCAACCUCCUGCGGUACGCCAAUUCCGGCGAGCUGGGGGCCCUGGCCCAGAAGCUGGCCUUCUUCCUGCAGAACCCCCAGGUCAGCCUGCCCUGAUGCUGCCCUGCGUGGGACGCUCUUGGACAGUUCAUUCAAGCUUGACCUCACUCUCUGUGGAUUGUUCCUCAGUCAGAGGCCAGCAUCCUGCCCAGGAGAGAAGCAACGGACGGCAGAGGAAAAUUCCAUCCACCCAGCAGCACUUCAGGGGGGAAAACCUGUGCCCCAAGAUGUCUGGUCCAGGCCUCCCUGCAGCCAAGCAACCAUUUCUGCCCCGACUAGCUACCUCUUUGGGAGACGGCUCUCAUCAGGCUUCCCCAAGCCAUAGUUUCCGAACCGAUGACAGUUCUGAAUUUAUUUUCCCUUGCUCAGGCUCUGGUUGUCUGUCAGGGAAGAUGUAGAGAGAACCCCCGGAAGGUCAGGCAUCAGCCUGCUGCCCACGAGUGGUUCUCCAGCCCACUGACCAUGGGCUCAUUAUGUUUCCAUUUGUAAAAUGGGAUUGUUCAUAUGCCUCCCUCAGAGCAGGGCUGCGAGCCUACGGACUGUGCUGCUGCCCUUUCAAGGGGAAGGUGCUGGACCAACACAAAGUGUUCCUCAUUGGUUCAGUGGCUGGUGUUGGCAUUCAGGAUCAGUAUCUACACCACUGAUUAAAUGAUUACGUCCGAUGGGUGAGCAUGCCCGUGUGCCCUCCAGUUCUCCUAAACUGUGGAUCUGCCUGCUUCCCUGGUGUUCUCUAAGAAGGCAGGAGUGGUUUUGAUGACUAGUGCAGUCAAAGAUGAGAGCACAGCAACCCCAGUGACUGCCCUUCCUUGCGUCCCAUGCCGUGGGUCAGGGAUGAGACGUCCUUCUAUUUAUGGAAUGAACUCGGUACUGUGACCUGCAUGGAAUGACUUUGGUGUCACUCACCUCUCAGUUCCUUCCUUUGCUCACUUAGCGGUUCACUUCCUCAUUCAUUGAUAAAUAUAUACGCAUUAGGUACUGGGGAUGCCGCAAGAGCAAGAUGGGCAGGGACUCACCUGAGGCAGAUGAUGCCUGAUGGUAAAGACAGGAAAUGAACAACAGAUAAACACAUUUGAUUAUUACAAAUUGUAGCAAGUGGGCUGAAGAAACAGAAUAUGGAAAUAGAGCCACAGAGAGAUCCUUGAAGGAUGAAAAUGCAAACAGCUGAAAGGGAAGAAAAGGGGGCCAAGGGCAGACUUAGAGGGGCUGGCAUGAGCCAGAUCGCUUGGCCUUGUAAACCCGGUAAGGAGUUUGUAUUUUACUCUAAAAUCAGAUGUGUGAUGUUUGACCUCUCCAGAAGCAGAAGGGUAUUAUGAUUUGAUUUGCAUUUUAAAUGCCCAUUCCGGCAACUGUGUACAGGGGGUCUGGGGACCCACACGAGGAUGGGGACGCUGAAGGCCCUUGAGCCCACUCCUUUUGAAUUUCACCGAGGUCCUCGAGGCCACACAUCCUGUGACACACACACCAGGAAUUCUAGGCGUUCUCUGGAGAGCCGUAGUUUCUUCUGGCACCUACUUACGCUUCGCAAUUCAAGGGAACCCCUUAUUACUUAGAACAUUUUCCCUAGAUAAAUAAUUUCUAGAAGCAAGAACUGCUGAUUCUUUUUAAAAUAAAAGUCACGUAUGAAAAGGAAGACAAUUAUUUUUACAAAAAUAGUGUAACCAAGUGGUGGGGUCCUUGGACCGCCACAUAGGAAAUCAUGGUUUUAAAAUGUUGAACAAACUUACAAUCAGUCUAUAGUUUUUGAAAACAUGAAAGUAUGAACAAACCAAUAUUUUAUAAAGUCAUCAAAACCUGCAUGCAAAUUCUCAUAUUCUUGGAUCCUGAGAAACAUUUUCGAGAAGGUAGCAGUUAUAUAUCUUUUAAUGAUGAAAACAACUGACACAAGUUUUGAAACAGCUGCACAGUCACGGAAUGCCAAGUGAAAGUUGACUGUACCAUUGAUUUGAAAUGUAUGUAUAUGUAUGGGAAGGAGUGGGACUGACAUACUCCACAGUCUGAUUCCAGUAGAUUCUUCCCACCUUUCCCUAUGGAUUUGUAGUUUUUGAAUGAAGUAGGGCUGUCUGCACAUUCCUGGGUGUUCCUAACUGCUGGCCAGCAGAGAGCAGUGGGGGACUGCCUAUGAAAAGAGCCAGGUUCCCACCCACGCACCGCAGAGCCCAGCAGGUGUCGCCCUCCUCAGCUCAUAAUUUACACCGGGCUUCUCCAAAAAGGGAACCAGGGACUGAGGACUUCAGCUGAGUUGUUGGCCUUUACUGCCGUUUUGGUCAAAAACUAUAGUCUUUUUGAUUAAAGCUCAGAUUUAAAAAGGGAGUGUAUGAGAGGACAGUUCAUCUAGUCUGUUUCCUGGGACAGAUUGCACAGCUCUGAAAGUCUAAUAAUAUAAUAGUACUCCUUUAUUCGGAAGCUUUUUUUCUUUAAUUCUCCAAAAGCCUUUUUUCGUGCAUCUCCACUCUUCUCGGCCCCAGACUGUUUUUCAGUGGAAUCGUUGGCAUUCAGAGACUGCAACUGAUCUGCUUGCAUUCGCAUCCCAGCUCUUACACUGUACCUGCAUGCCCUUGGCAAGUUGUUCCACCUCCCUAAAUCUCCAUUUCUUUAUGGGCAUUGUUAUGGGCUGGAUUGUGGCCCCCAGCCUCCAAAUUCACAUGUUGAAGCCCUAACUUCCAGUACCUCAGAAUGUGACUGUAUUUAGAUCUAAGGCCUUUAAAGAGGUGAUGAAGUUAAAAUGAGGCCGUUAGGGUUUGGGCCCUAAUCCAAUAGGACUGAUCUUCUUAGAAGAAGAGGUAGAGAGACACCAUGGGCAAGGGUGCAAAGGAAAAAGGCCAUCUGCAAACUGAGCAGAGGCCUCAGGAGAAACCAGCAAGGCUAGCACCUUGAUCGUGGGCUUGCAGCCUCCAGAACUGUGAGAAAAUAAUUUUCUGUCGUUUAAGCCAUGCUGUUUAAGUCUGUGGUAUAUUGUUAUGGCGACCCUGGGAAAUGAAUACAUCAUAAGAGAAUAUAUACCUCACUACUUUGAUGGGGGAAUAAAUAGAGCAAUGGAUGUACAAAACUCUUCGUUUAGACGUGGCAUGGAAUAACUGUGGAAUAAAUGUGUAGCAUUUUAGAUGCCUACUCCUCAUGUCCGUUUGUCCAUUUGAUAACUACCACCACCCCACAGAUAAAUUCUUCACAAAGAAAUUAGAAACCAUCACAAGGAAAACAUGCCCAAAAUACACCACAUAUUCCAUAAACCCAUCUUCUCCUUUGUCACUCUUGUUGCAAUAGAGGAAUAUCUCUCCUGAUUUCUCCAUGUUUGAUGGGCUGGCCCCCCCGGCUUCUCAGGGCCGUCUUCCCUGUAGCAUCCUCCACACCCUACCCCAACCACCACCUGCCUCUCUUCCUCCCUUUCUAUCCAGCUUCCCGAAUUAUUAUACAUGUGUCUCCACUUCCUUACCUCUUCACACUUUUCUAAUUGUAAAAAAUAUCAUACAUGCGAGAGUCUAAACUGUUUCAAGAAUUAUAGUAAAACAAAUACCAAUAUACUCACUGUCUAGGUGAAAAAAAUAACAUUUUGCCAAUACUUUAGAAUUCUCCUAGGUGACCCUUCCGUUCCUUAGCCCCCUCUCUCCCUGAACGUAGGUAAUUGUGAUCCCAAAUUUUAGGUUAGUCAUUCUGCUGCUUUUCUUUCAUUCUACCACCUAUCAUAUUUCAUUGAACCUAAGCCCCCAACAAUUGUGAGAUGCAUUAUUACUUCAUGUCUAAGAAAGAAAAAGUGCUGCUAAGGGUAAUUACAAAACACCACUGAUUAUAAGAUGCAUCCUAAUU